AUGGCUAAAUCUCAGCUUAAACAGCUAAAAACAGCUUUAAAAGAAGCAGGAAUAUCUAUAAGUAAUAGACGUACAAAGAAAAAAAAAAAUCAUAAAAAUCCAAUAGAUAGAGCAUCUAUAUUAAAAGAUAUUAGAUCACAAUUUAACCAUUAUGAAAAGAAAAUUAAUAAAGUGAAGCAUGAUGUUGGUGGUCGCAAGCUUAGAGGAAUUGAAGGACGACCAAUGGAAAGCCAUCAGGCAGGAGAAGAAAAAAGGAAAAAAACAAUUCUUGUAGAUAUGUCAAGAAGAAAUAAAGAAGGUGGUAUUAUUGAUCGUCGUUUUGGAGAACAUAACACACAUCUUUCUUUAGAAGAGAAAAUGUUGCAACGCUAUGCAGUUGAAAAACAGAAACUUCAUAAGAAAAGCAGCAUUUAUAAUCUUGAAGAAGAUGAUGAUUUAGGGUAUUUUGGGCAGUCUUUUGAAGAAAUCGAAAAUUUCGAAGAUGUUAUAGAUAUGGAUGAAAAUAAUGAUGGAGAUAUUGAUUUCGAGACAGUGAAUGAUAUGCAUUUUGGGGGAUUUAAAGAUUCAGAAAAGCCAGAUAAGAAAAAAACAAAAUCUGAAGUCAUGAAAGAAAUUAUUAAGAAAUCAAAAAUUAGAAAGUACGAAAGACAAAAAAGGAAAGAAGAUGAUGAUAUGGAAAGGGAAAUGCUUGAUGCAGAACUUAAUGAUUUACGAUUAUUACUUUCCAAAAAUGAUAAUUUUAUACCACGAGAAACUAAAGAAAAACAAUUAGACAAAGACAUAGAAUACGAUCUUUCAGUAAAAGAAUUAGUAUAUGAAAAACGUGCAUGCCCAUCGAGUAGAACUAAAACAGAGGAAGAAAUUGCACAGGAAAGAGCAGAAGAAUUACAAGAAUUAGAAGAAAAACGAUUAAAAAGAAUGAAAUAUGAAGAUUUAUCCGAAGAUGAAGAUUUAUCUGAAAAUGAAAAUUUAUCUGAAAAUGAAAAUUUAUCUAAAAAUAAAGAUUUGUCUGAAAAUAAAGAUUUGUCUGAAAAUGAUAAUAUUGAAGAAUCCAAGAUUUUUUUUUCUAAAGGAGACAAUUUAGAAGACGAUUUUAUAAGCAAUAGUGAUAAUCAAACUGACAAUGAUACAGAAUUUUAUUCUUUUGAAAAAGAAACUCCCAAAAAAUAUGAACAUGAGGAAACAAGUGAAAUGCUUAAUAACGUAAAUGGGAUUAAAAAUGAGUCAAAUUUUGAUAAAGAAGAAAUCAAAGAAAAUUUAACACGCGAUAAUAUAAUACACGAAUUUAAAAACAACAUUUCUAAACUAUCUAAUGGGUCUCAUGAUUUAGAAUUUGAAAAAAAAAAGCAAAAUCUUGCUUAUGUUUAUCCAUGUCCAGGUUCAAUUUUGGAAUUUCUUUCAAUUUUAAAAAAUAUUCACCAAGAAGAUAUCCCAAAAGUUGUUAAUCGAAUUAAAAUUUUAUAUCAUCCAUCACUUCAUCCAUUAAAUAAAGAAAAACUUCAGUCUUUUAUUGAAGUAUUACUAGAUCUUAUUCUUUACUUAUCAGAAAAAAAAAAAGCAUCACUUUCAACUUUAGAUAUGCUUUCUGAACAUUUACGUGAUCUUUCGGCUAAAUACCCUGAAACAGCUUAUAAUACUUUUCAUAAAAAAUUAAAAAAUCUUAGAGAAAGAUUUAAUCAAUUAUUAUUUUCAGAAAGAAAAGGCAAAAAUAUUUUUAAUUUUUCUUGGUAUCUAAUCUGUAUAGAUAAACUCUUCCCUUCAACUCAAGAUUUAAUUCUUUUAAGACUAAUUGGAUCCAUUUUUCCAACUUCCGACCUUUCUCAUGUAAUAGUUACUCCGACAUUACUUAUAAUGGGCCAGCUUCUUUCUCAAUUAAAAAUUGUAUCAUUAGGAGAUAUUAGUUUAAAACUUUAUGUCAUAACAUUGUUUGCAGAGUAUAUUAAUUUGUCACGACGAGUAGUUCCUGAAGUAAUACAUGCACUGUUGAAUAUAAUAAAGAUUUUGUUUCAAAAAAAUAAAAAAAAGUUAGACAAAAAAAAAUCUAUUAAUUCAGAAAAUAAGUUUUUUGAUUUAUCAUGUAAACCGAGAACUUUGAAAAUUUCAGAUAUAUAUUCUAAUGAUAAUGAAAAUAAAGAAUUAGAAAUUUCUCUUUUUAGGACAGCUGCUCAAUUAAUUGAUUAUUAUGCUAAUUUGUGGAAUGGAAAACUUGCAUUCAUAGAAAUCUUUUCACCUUGUUUAAUUUUACUAAAAUUAUUCUCUAGUAAAAUUCCUUUGUCUUCUGAACUUCAGACUGAGAUAAAUUCUAUAAAUGAACGGAUUACAAAAUUACUUCAUUUUUCACUUCAGUCACGUAAACCAUUAAUGUUGCAAGCACAUAAACCUAUUCCAAUUCAAAGUUUUAUUCCUAAAUUUGAAAGUGAAUAUUCUCUUGACAAGAAAUCAUAUGAUCCAGACCGCGAACGAGCUGAAUCUGCAAAAUUGAAGUUCCAAUAUCGUGAUAAUAAAAGAAGUGCUAUUAGAAUGCUUAGACGAGAUGCUCAAUUUAUAGCUCGUGAAACUGAAAAAAUACAGAAAGAAAAAGAUAUUAAUUAUGCUACAAAAAUGAAAAAAAUACAUGGACAGUUAACACAAAAAAAUUAA